UGCUAUCUAGUUGGAACUUACGUUAAGGAUGAUCGAUACUCCAAGGCCGGCGCUUUGCGCUGGGCAGUUUACGAAACAAACGCCGUGAAGUUUGUCGAGUCAGUUUUGAUCGACAAUGUUGACUCUCUACGCCCAGGGUACCGCGGUGGCGUCGUAGUUUCAGACGACCAGCUCCUGCAGACUAUCUGUGGCUCGAAGGACAAUGCCCGGGUGGUUGGUUCUGAUCGGGAUUGUGCUCCUGUGCGCAAGAAUCCUGGUGGUUCAGAGGUCUCAGGUUCUGGGGGGGUUGGCGGGUCCAACUCCCUGCCACUUUUAGAAGUCGAGAAAGCAGCUUCACAAGAACACGCCAAUAACGCAUCCUCUGCCUCGUUCAAAGACAUCAAUCUUCAGUCAAAUCAGCAUGCCAGUGGUGACAAUUCGCAAGUACAAAAUCCGCAUUCCGCACCUGAUUCAGUUUCAUCGCGCGCGCCCGCCCGAAACACGGUUGAACACCAUGAGCCAGACCCUGAAGUGGUCUUUGGUCGCGAAAAGACCAAGCGCCCGCGCGGUAGGCCCAAAGGGGCAAAGGACAAAACGCAACGCACGCGAAGAACAAAGCAGCAAUUGUCCGAAGCCGAGAACUCAGAUGCGUUUUAUGCCGACUUUGCAGAAGUGAUCAAUGAUUGUUAUGUAUGUGACAGCGUCGUAGACGAUUUCGAAGAGGGUGAAGAGUUAGUCGAAGCACUUCCACAGUUCGCGAACGUUGCCGCGAUGAGCUCGCCAGAUGCGCCGCACUGGUUAGAAGCCAAAUCCCUCGAGAAGUGCAAGCUUGAGGC